UAUGAAGUCUACGCGCAAUGUAGGAUUUGAUUUUUGUGUUUUAGCCAUUUUCACUAGCAAAUAAUUUUAUUUUAGUUAUUAAUUUAGUCAUUAAAAACGGCAAAUAUGUCAGAAGAAAUAGUUUUGAAGGUCUUGACUCUUAACUGCUGGGGAAUUCCAUACAUAUCAAAAAAUCACAUUAUUCGAGUAAAUGCAAUUGCUGAUAAACUUGCAGAUGAACAUUAUGAUUUUGUUUGUCUACAAGAAAUUUGGUCCUUUAAUGAUUUUCGAUUAAUUAAUGCAAAAAUUCAAGAUAAACUACCAUACUCUCACUAUUUUUUCAGUGGUGUAAUUGGAUCAGGUAUUUGUAUAUUUUCAAGAUAUUUAAUUCUAGAUGUGAUGUUUCAUAAAUGGCCUCUCAAUGGUUAUGUUCAUAAAAUUCAUCAUGGCGAUUGGUUUGGUGGAAAAGGGGUUGGUUUAUGUAAAGUGAGAAUUAAAAAUAUUAAUAUCAACAUUUACAUUGCACAUUUACAUGCAGAAUACUGUAAAGAAAAUGACGAAUAUGCGGCUCAUAGAGUUAUGCAGGCAUUCGAUACUGCACAAUUUAUUAGAAUGACCAAAGGUGGUGCAGACGCUGUGAUAUUAGGUGGUGAUCUCAACACCGAACCACAAAACUUAGCUUACCAAAUUAUUUGUGGUAUUGGUGGCUUAAUAGAUGCUUGUUCAAAAAAUUCUACUCAUUUAGGGACUAACGAAUGUGCCAAUAAUAGUUAUACGAAUAUAAGAGUAGCUAGAAAAUUGCCACAAGGUAAACGUAUUGAUCAUAUUUUGUACGUAGGCUCUAAACAAUGCAAGAUUGAAGCAUAUGAUUAUAUGCAUCCAUUCCCAACAAGAAUUCCAAAUAUGAAUUUUAGUUACUCAGAUCAUGAAGCAAUUAUGGCUUCUUUUAAAUUAACUAAAGGUUCUCCAAGUGAAAAAAUUCAUAUUGAUAUGAAAGAAGCUUUAAAAGAAGCAAUCAGUAUUUGUGAAGCAGCUUUACUUAAUGUACGAAAACAGCGAAUACAUUAUUUAUUAAUCAGUUUUAUUCUCGUGAUUCCUUUAAUGUGGUCAAUGGGUUUGGAUUAUUUAAUAACUAAUUUUGAAAUCAGUAUUGGUUUCAAUUUAUUACGACUUUUUCUAACGGCGAUAUUAUGUUAUGUUUUAUUUAUGAGUUCUAUAUGGAAUAAUCUUGAACAAAAUGCUUUAAAAGCAUGGUGUUCAACAAUGGAAAUUCAUCUAAUGAAAUCAAACGAAAAUGAUGAAUGUGAUAUGUAAAAGAUAUUUGCAUUUUUUUUAUU